AUGAGUCGAUCGAUUCUGACGGGACGCAAGGAUACACAACGUGCACACAUGCGCUGCAAACAGGCACAGAGACGCCUACGGAUGUGGAAAGGUGACAAACGACGUUCACCUUGUCUACAUGUGCAAACAGCUUGGCGCUUAGCUGUUCAGUUUCAUCGGGGUCAUCCGAAUGUAGACCAAAUCGAACACAUUCAUCAGGCUGACAAAUUAGCCGUUUUGUUUCGUAGAUUUAUGCAUCAUAGUGUUGGAUAUUCACAUGGGCUAAAAUCAAAACUAAAAACAGCUGAUCAAAUUCUGGACGAUGACAAACAGUGUGGCAAAGUUCUGGAACAUCAAAGGAGGCGCCGGAGACGGCCACCAGAGUUGGGAGGAAGAAGCAGGAUAGAGUUAUGUGCAAAACUGCAGAUGAGAUUACCAAGCCAACGUGGGUAG